AGCGAAUGCAUGUGUGAUCAUUGCAAAAAAUUCCUCUGUAAAAGGGUAAAAUGAAGGUUGUGUCGUUUGAUGAAAAAUCUACAUUCAUCCUUUCAUUUUAUUUUUUCGGGUUUGGAAAAUUUUUUGUAUUUUGGCACCUCGGUUAUGUGAUAUUGCAGACAUUGAGAUCUUUGUCAGAAAAAAUUUUGCCCGGUCUACAUUUUUCU